AUGGGAGGCCUCCGCCCCGGCUUCGUCGCCGGCGGCGCCAAGGACGAGAAGGUCAACUCGACGCUUUACGCGCGCAUCUCACAGGAGACGUUCGACGAGGCCGUCAAGGAGAACAUCGAGGACCUCGACAUGGCGCCCGACGAGGCGCUGGAGGACGCGGUCGAGCAGUUCACUUCGCAGGGCAUCAACCUGUCCAACAUCGUGCGGCGCGUGCCCGGCGCGUCCGCGGAGGACGACCCCGCAGCCGUCCGGCUCGCCCGUGCCCUUGCCGCGUGCGUCGAGGGCCUCGAGGAUGAGGAGAGUGAGGAGCUCCUGUACGGCGGCGGCCGCGAGGUGCAGCGAGGGCCCGCCGAGGCGACUACGCUGGCCGGCGCCACGUCGGCGGUCGACUCGCUCGUGUCUGGAUCGCUGGCGCUGGUACAUGCGGAGCCAGGAGCGGGGACGGCGGCGCUGGUCGAGGUCCUCGAGGCGCUGACUGUGCUGCUGAUGGACGCGGAGAACAGGGAGCGCUUGGGCGUGCGCGGCUGCGCCGCCCUCGUCCUCGUCUCUCGCGUGCACGCCGAGAAUGGCCCGCCGCUGCGGGCGUGCUUCCAGGCGCUGCGCGCGGCGAUGCUUGUGCAUGAGCAGCACCGCCAGACGCUAGUCAAGAGCGGAGGAGUGCUCAAGCUGGCGGUGGAGGCGGGCCACGAGCACGCAAAGGCGGCCGUCGAGUUGGGCUUGCUGCCGCUGCUGCUCGAGGCGGCGCGCUCGCCGCUGGGGGCGUCGGCUGGCCCGCUCUCGGAGCUGCUCGCGACGCUGUCUCGCCUGACGGUGACCGACACGAUCUGCCAGCAGCUCGCAAAGAUGGACGCGCUCAAGCUGGCGAUCAGCGAGCUCGCGAACCACGUGACGGACGCGCAGGCGGGUCUGGUUAGCGGCUCCUCGAGCCUUCUGGUGCUGUGCUCACAAGCACGCGUGACGGGCGCGCAGGUGGCCAAGCAGGCGUGCUUCUUCCUCGCAAACAUCUCCGGCAACGACAAGUGCAAGGAGUCGAUCCGCGAGGGGAGCGGCCACAUCGCCAUCGCGAUGCUGCUGCAUGCGCACGUCGGGUCGAUGCAGACCGACGGCGUCUCUGCGCUCGGCAACAUGGCGCUGCGCAAGCCCGAGAACUGCGCCGCCAUCGCAGAGUGCGGCGGCAUUCCAGCCAUUGCGUGCCUUGCGAUCCGCAACUUGGUCGGCCGCAACCCGGAGCUGGUCGAGCCGAUCCUGGACGCGGGCGCCGAGGCGCCCAUCCGCGAGGUGAUGAACGCACACGCGGACGACUACAUGCACAACCUCGCUAAGGCGGCGCUGCGCGACCUGCGCUGCUCCGUCCAGCUGGGCGUCCUCUUCACGGGCGAGGUUGGCGAGGCGCACUGCCUGGCGCAGGGCGAGGCGGGCGGCGAGAACCAUUGGGACAAGUUCCUCGAGACGCCCGGCGCGCAGGCGGCCGCGCGCGCAGAGCUCGAGGCGCUCGGCGUCGAGAUGGGCGGAGGGCUCUGACCGGAGAUGGGAGGCGCGCCGCCGAGCUCCGGUAGACCGCUGCGCGCUGGCUCUCGCCCGUGCUCGCGCGCGCCAUCGCUCUUUGCAUACAAAUCAAGAGAGGAUGUUGGUCCCGCCUCUCUUGUGUAAUUAGACAUGCUGGUUGCUGUGGUUGAAUUUUGGCGAUAGUUGCGAGAGCUGGCUC